AUGAAUAGUAAAGAAAAAACAAAGACAAAAAGCUUGAGUCAAAUCUUUGGAAGCACCAAUUUCUGUCGUCCUUACAAGCCUGCUGUUAUUGAUAUGGACUCACAUCUAUCCUAUCUGGAUGAACUGACUUUGGCUAUAAAGGAGUCCAGGCUGAAUUCUGAUAGUAACUUUGCUAAGAAUCUGAAACUUUUAAACACUCUGCUACAAAAUUUACAAGAUCUAGAUAGAAUCAAUCUAUGGAGCAAUGACGCUAUAUUUGCAAAAACCCUCGACACUUUGGAUCUGCUGCUGAAAUGUAAUACAUAUCUGCUCUUCAGUAAGGAUUCUGUCGGUAUAAUAUCUCUUUGGGAUAGUAUGCUAAAUAUAGGUUGCAUUAAUCGAAAUUCCAUUGAUCGGCUUUGGUUUAUCAGAAGAAAAAUUAGUAGUUGGUGUAACUUAUCAGUACAACUAUUUGGUUACGAUUGCAAACUGAAACUCUCGGUACAUAUUCAGAAUUCUCUCAUUAAAUUGGAACAAAAUAUUGCAAAAGUACUCACAGGAAUUUGUGAAGUUGACGAUUUCACGUCAAAUUUAAGCAGUCUUUAUGUCAUAUGUUAUUGGUUCUGUGGGCCUGUUGGAUCUUUUGGCAAUUCGGUGGCGCUUUUAAACAACUGGAACAUCUCGUUGGAGAAGACUAUUCGAUUUUUACUGUACAUUUUUGAUUCAAUCCAAUUGAACGAUAAAGCUUUCAUUAAGUUGAAAUUCCAGUUCAUAUCCCUCAUUGUUAGUAACCUGACAAAUAACCUACAACCAAGUCUAUUGGACACUUCACAGGUAUUAUCAUUAGGAAAUUUCAAAUUUGUAAUAACGACCAUAUACACAUUUAUGAAGGGAAAUUCAAGUAAUUUUGUAAUUUUAGAAGAUGAUCCAAUUUUUGCCAAGUGUUUAUUAAGAUUGUAUUCUCUAUGCCUUAAUAGCUCGGGCCUUUUAAGAAUAUUCCAAGAUUUAUUCCCAUUAGAACAAUGGAUUGAUCCCACAAAACUUCAAAAAAAUCCAGAAGAUUUAUUGUCUUUCGACAGAAUGACAAAUAGGGCAUUAUUACUAAUUUAUUUUGAUAUUAAGAGAAGAAAUAUGCCAGAAGAACUACUCUCGUUCGAUUCAAAGUACAAUAUUUGGUAUUGUGGACAGGAUGAUUUCAAAAUAAUACCUAAUAUAAUACAUCCAUUCGAAAAUUCUGGGUCUAAGCAACUUAAUAAGUUACAUUCAUUGAUUCUCUUCAAAUUCAAAGGGAAAACAAGAGAAAAUCUAUUAGAAUCAGAUUUGAAUUCAGUUGAAGCGGGCAUCACUAAACGUGUAAAUAACGACCUCAAUUUACUUUUUAAAGAGGCAUCCAUUUCAAUUCAAUCAAGCUUCACUACUAAAAACGUAAGUAAAUUGAUUUCAUGGACAAAAAUAUUAGGAAGGCUAGCAUGCCUCGAAUCAACAAACACCAAAUGUGAUCAUUUAUCAAGUUGGGAAGUUUGUGAGAAAUGUGAUACAGUAUACUCUGGUAAUUUUUAUUCAACUAUAAACCCUGACAGGCCUGACUGUACAACAAAAUCAGAAUCUUUCAAUUUACUUUAUUUAUUUUUUAUCUCAAAUCCAAAGGUUGAUGACUUUUGUGAAUCUUUACUAAUAGGAAUAUUACUAUGUUUGCAAAGAAUUUUUACUCAUUUUCAACCUCCCAUGCUGACUGAUCCUACAACAAAUGACAUCAGGCCAGAAUUUAGUUUGGUGAGUAAGUGUUUCAAGGCACCAAAUAGAUACCUCAGACUGAUUAGUUCAAGGAUAAUACCUUUGUUCAAUAUAACAAACCUACACAAUUCGGAUGACCAAAAUACCGCCACAUUGAUCCAGUUUUUACAAGACGAAGCCAAUUCACCAAUUAUGACAGAAACACUAGUAAUGACUUGGACUCAAUUGACAUUGACUACAAAAGAUGAGGUCUUCGAUACUUUGCUUUUGAAACUGAUUGAUAUCUUCAACUGUGAUGAUUUCGCUACACAUUCUAUGAUGGCAUUCCAGAUAAAACACAUGGCUGGAGUUUUAAGGAAAACGUCAUAUCAAUUAUUAUCUCCAAUUUUGCCAAUGCUUUUAAAACAAAUUGGAAAAAACCUCUUAGAAAAGCGUUUAUCCUUCCAGAGGUUGAUAGAAUUAUGUGGUUUAUCUGCGAAAACGAUCUUAGAAAUAUUUCAAAGGUACAUAAUACCAUAUUCUAUCAUGCAGUAUAAAACUGAUGUAUUUGGAGAGAUCUCCAAGAUUAUGUGUGAUAACAAUGUUGAGCUAAUCAAUGAACAAAAAGCAACUUUGUUAGAUAAAAACAGUAGAAGUAUAUUUGCUGUAGCCCUAGUGAAGCAUGGACUUUUCAACAUUGAUACCCUGGAGACCUUAUUUUUGAACAGGCUUCCUUCCUUUGACAGGAGAUAUAUCAAUGCAUAUUUACCCGAUUACAAAACGAUGGCAGAGAUAACUAAACUGUAUAAGAACAAUGAAACGAAAGAUGCCACUGAUAUAGAGAAUGAAAACAUGAUUCUGUGCUCCUUGAGAUACCUCGUCACAAAUUUUGAGAAAGAUAAAAGGCAUGGAGGAUCUAAAUAUAAGAAUAUCAAAGACUGGACAUCGACUCAAGAGCGACUUUUUCAACGGAAUUUACAGGACAAUAUUCUUGGUAUAUUUCAAGUUUUUUCAAGUGAUAUUCAUGAUGUUGAUGGUAAAACCACGUACUAUGAAAAAUUAAGGGUUAUUAAUGGUAUGUCAUUUUUAAUAAAGCAUGCUUCUAAAGAAUGUAUAAUAUCAGCAUUGGCUCAGAUCAGUAUAUGUUUGCAAACAGGAUUAGAAAUCAUAGAAGUCAGAUACAGCGCUAUGCGAUGUUGGCUUCUAUUAGUUACGGUAUUGAAUGAUGAGGAGUUAUCAACUGUAAUUAAUGGUUUAGUAUCUUUCAUUUUACAAAAAUGGUCUGAAUUCGAUACUAAACUGAAAAACCUUAUCUACAAAAUUUUAGAAAGUCUUAUCAAACAGAAACCUACUUUAAUAUUCAAAACGAAUCCUUAUAUAACACUGGCAAUUGCGGGCAAAAGUGAACUGCAAAUGAUUGAAAGAGAUGGCCAAUUCGCAAGAAUGGUUACUAAAACAAGAUUCACCACCGAUCUUCUCCCUACUUUUGCUGAGAAUCUUCAAAGCAACAAUAUUUAUGUCAUACGUCAAACUUUGGACGAUGUUGAAACAUUUUUGAAAAGGAAAAAUUCUGAAAAGUCAAAUGAACUAUUUUCAAAACAGCGUGGAAAUAAGAAGAAUAUUGGUGCACUUCUGGGUGCCCUACUGGAUACCGCAUACAAAUAUAGGACGACCGAUCAAGCUCUUUCCGAAAGAUGUGCCCGAUGCAUAGGUUUGAUUGGUGUACUAGAUACUACAAAGCAUGAACCGGUUGAUAAUAUAGCUACUUAUGCAGUUGCAAAUUUCGAUGAUCAUUCCCGAACGAUUAGAUUUUUGAUUUGGGUUAUAAACGAUAUUUUGGUACCAUCAUUUUGGCAAAGUGAGAAUCCAAGUAAGCAACUGUUUGUAGCACUGGUCAUGCAAGAGUCUUUGAAAUAUUGUGGUCUUAGUUCUAGUUCAUGGGAUAUCAAUCAACCGGAGAAAUUUCCGACACCUUAUAAAUUGUGGAACAAAUUCACCACAGUGUCUAAGACGACACUUUAUCCGCUAAUGUCUUCACUAUAUCUAGCACAAUCUUGGAAAGAAUAUGUUCCACUAACAUAUCCAGCUUAUAGCUCUAAAGAAGGUUAUAAACCCUGGAUCAAAAGCAUUACACUCGAUUUACUGAAGCGAGGAACUGAUGAAAGUCAUCCUUUACAUGUCUUUUCAUCUUUAAUUAGGGAAGAUGACGGUUCUUUGUCAAACUUUUUACUCCCAUAUAUUACGAUGGAUGUCAUAAUUAAGGCGUAUCCGAAUACCAUAUAUGAAGAAAUUAUGAGCAACUUAAUAGUAGAAUUUUCCCAUGUUUUCAAUCAUGACCUUGAUGGUCUAAAUCAUUUGCAGUUGGACUCCCUAAAAAUGAGUUACGAAUCAAUUUUUAAAGUAUACGAAUAUUGUAAAAAAUGGGUAACUGACUUUAAACAAAACUAUUACCACUCAAAUGGAACUUAUAUCAUUCGCGAGGAAAAAUACAAUAUUAUGUUGGGUAGAAUUGAUUCCUUUUUGGACGCCAUAUCUUCAUAUUUACUUGCACAAAGAUCGUUGGAGACUAACUCAUUUGAAAGAUCUGCACUUUAUCUGGAAGAUUGCUAUAGACAACAAAGUUUUAGUGAGAAUCACAAUGUUGUAAUAUUGAAGAAUUUACAAAGGACCUAUGAAGAGAUUGGUGAUUUGGAUUCGAUUGAUGGAUUAUUGAAAAGUUUCUCAUCAGGAAACUUAACUUCGAAAAUAGAAGAGCUUCAGUAUUCGGACAAUUGGAAGAUGGCACAAGAUUGUUUUGGUGUAUUGGGGCACUUUUCAAGUCAACCGACAUCAAAAACAAAAAUGUUCAAAUCAAUGUAUGAUCAUCAAUUGUAUCAUCAACUUAACGAUAAAAUGAUACCAAUACUUUCUAAUAAUGACUCCUGGUUAAGGACUGAGAAUAAAGACUGUUACGGAAUGGGACUGGAAUCUGCAGUUCUUGAAGGCAACGCUAAGUGGUUAACGCUUUGGAUAAACGAAAUAGAAAGCCUGGAACAGAUAACUGAACCCAGAGUAUUGUUACAAUAUAAUCUUGCAAAAGCUUUAGCUUUUGUUCGUUCAAAGGAUCUAGAAAAGGCAAUUGAGUAUAUUAAUAAGUGCUUUAAAAUAUUUGGUAGCCAUUUUACAGCCGCCACAAACGACACAACUAUGGUUAAAAAGCAAAAUUUAUUGAUGAAACUGCAUAGCUUGUAUGAUAUACUUAUAUUAUCGAGCGACAGUAACGAAUUCCAAUAUAAAAACAGUACAGAUAUUUUAGAUUACAGGAUGAAAAGAGUUGCUGCUGAUUUUGAACCCAACCACUAUUUGCUAUCAAUGCGAAAAUCAUAUGGUUUAUUGGUAAAUGAAGAGUAUGCGAAGGAUGACUUGGCAAAAACUUUUUUUAAUAUUGCACAGUUAUCUCGUAAUUAUUCCCGACUGGAUAUUGCGUCUGAAUCAUUGAUGCAUUGUUUACAAUAUGACCAUCCUCAGGCUGAACUAGAAUUUGCUGAAAUUUUAUGGAGACAAGGUGAAAACGAUAGAGCAUUGAAAUUGGUAAAAGAAAUUCACCAAAGAAGCAAAGACAAUGAAGAUAUUCGAUCAAGAGAUCGUGCUGCUGUGUUGCUCAAGUAUACGGAGUGGUUAGAUUUGUCUAAUAAUUCAGCAUCUGAGCAGAUAAUUAAGCAGUAUCAAGAGAUAUUUAGGAUUGAUCCUACGUGGGAAAAACCAUUUUACUCAAUGGGAUUAUAUUACAGUAGGUUCAUACGAAAAAAAAAAGCAGAAGGAUAUAUCUCUGAUGGACGUUAUGAAUAUAGAUCUAUUUCGAAUUUUCUUCUAGCGUUUGAAAAGAACACAAUCAAAGUAAGAGAAAAUUUACCUAAAGUGAUAACUUUUUGGCUAGACAUUGCAGCUGAAUCAGUAAAGGAGGAGCCUAGUAGAAGAAAGGACAUUCUCGAGAAGGUUACAAAGGAUAUCUGUACUGAGAUUGAAACAGCUUUAAAAACCUGCCCUACUUAUAUUUGGUAUUCAGUGCUAACACAAUUACUUUCUAGAUUAUUACAUGCACACUCUCCUUCAAAGAAAUUAAUAAUGCACAUACUGCUUGUCCUAGCCAUGGAAUAUCCAUCACAUAUGAUGUGGUAUAUUUCUGCCCUAACAAAUUCCAAAUUGGAAGGUAGGGUAAAAUGUGGUAGAGAGAUUAUAGCAAGGUUUAAACAACAUCUAAAGGAUAAGCAAGAUAUAUUGUAUGCAUCACAAACUCUUGUUGGGUCACUAAUUGGAGUAUGUAUAGAAGAUGUUAAAAGUGUUUCAAGUAGGUCUGGGAGAUCAUUGGAGAAAGAUUUUGGUUUUGAUAUGAAAAUGGCACCUUCAGGCCUGGCUGUUCCCGUAAGAAUCAAUCUUGAAAUGAUUUCACCAACUUCAUCAGAAUCGAUGAAAUCAUAUCAACCAUUCAGGUCAGAGGUGACGAUUGCGCAAUUUAGCAAUUCGUAUAAGGUUUUUUCUUCAUUAAAGAAACCAAAACAACUCAACAUAAUUGGUUCAGAUGGUAACGUCUAUGGUAUCAUGUGUAAAAAAGAAGACGUUAGGCAAGAUAAUCAAUAUAUGCAAUUUGCCACUACGAUGGACUUUUUACUGAAGAAAGAAGUUGAAUCUACGAAGAGAAAUUUGGGAAUUACUACAUAUUCAGUUGUUUCAUUAAGAGAAGAUUGUGGGCUUAUUGAAAUUGUACCAAAUGUGGUAACGUUGAGAUCAAUUUUUCUCACUAAAUAUGAAAGUGCAAAAAUUAAGUACAGCUUUAAGAACCUUCAUGAAACUUGGGGUCGUUUACCCGAGAGCCAAAAGAUAGGUUUUUUCAGAGAACAACUACAAAAGUUUCCCCCUGUCCUUUAUCAGUGGUUUUUAGAAAUCUUCCCCGAUCCUAUCAAAUGGUUUAAUGCAAGGAACACCUUUGUUAGAUCAUAUGCUGUAAUGGCCAUGGUGGGUCAUAUAUUGGGUCUUGGUGAUAGGCAUUGCGAAAAUAUAUUAUUAGACAUUGAAACGGGAAAAGUCUUACAUGUUGAUUUUGAUUGCCUCUUCGAAAAGGGUAAGAGUUUGCCCGUCCCAGAAUUAGUUCCCUUUAGAUUAACACAAAAUAUCAAUGAUGCAUUGGGUCUAACUGGUACCGAAGGGGCUUUUAAGAAAUCAAGCGAGGUUACAUUAUCUCUGUCUCGAAAGCAUGAAGUUGCUUUAAUGAAUAUUAUCGAAACUAUUAUGUAUGAUAGGGGUAUGGACGCAAAAAUACAAAAGGCACUAAAAGUACUAAGAAACAAGAUUAGAGGUAUAGAUCCUAGAGACGGUUUAGUAUUAAGUGUGGCUGGCCAAGUAGAAACUUUGAUUCAGGAAUCUAGCUCAGAAGAGAACCUAAGUAAGAUGUAUAUAGGUUGGUUAUCAUUUUGGUAA